GCGAGAGACCGGACAGGAUUUAGACAGAGCGCAACGCGACGCGUGAGGCUCAGUAACUUAGUGACAGAAAUAAUAACAAAAGCCGCGAAGAACAAGAAGAAGACGCUUUUGAGGAUAUUAUUAUAGUUUGACUGGAUUUCUGCUCCGCCAGCAUGAAGUUUGCGGAGCACUUGUCCGCCCAUAUUACUCCAGAAUGGAGGAAACAGUACAUUCAGUAUGAGGCUUUCAAGGAGAUGCUGUAUGCGGCCCAGGAUCAGGCCCCAUCCUUAGAAGUCACAGAUGAGGACACCGUCAAACGAUACUAUGCCAAGUUUGAAGAGAAGUUCUUUCAGACGUGCGAAAAGGAGCUUUCCAAGAUCAACACAUUCUAUUCAGAGAAACUGGCCGAGGCACAGCGACGGUUUGCUACUUUGCAGAAUGAGUUGCAGACGUCUCUUGAUGCUCAGCGGGAGAGCAACGCUCCAGCCCUGCGCAGUCGCCGCAAAACUGUGCUCCCACUGUCCAACAAGGAGCGCAACAAACAUCGUAACAUCAAAGACCUGCAGCUGGCCUUCAGCGAGUUCUACCUCAGCCUUAUCCUCCUGCAGAACUACCAGAAUCUGAACUUCACCGGGUUCCGCAAGAUCCUGAAGAAGCAUGAUAAGAUUCUGGACACUCCACGUGGAGCCGACUGGCGUGUGGCUCAUGUGGAAGUGGCUCCGUUCUACACCUGUAAGAAGAUCACACAGCUCAUUUCCGAGACCGAGGCUCUGGUGACCACUGAGCUGGAGGGAGGAGACCGUCAGAAGGCCAUGAAGAGGCUGAGGGUUCCUCCUCUGGGAGCAGCACAGCCUGCACCUGCAUGGACCACCUUUCGUGUGGGACUGUAUUGUGGUGUCUUCAUUGUCCUGGCUGUCGCCUUCGUCCUUACUGGUGCUUUUUUCGUUCGUAAGCAGAACAUCUGGCCACUGGUGCGCAUCUACCGUGGAGGCUUCCUGCUCGUUCAGUUUCUCUUCCUCUUGGGGAUCAACACUUAUGGCUGGAGGCAGGCGGGUGUCAAUCAUGUGCUGAUAUUUGAGCUGAAUCCUCGAAACAAUCUUUCACAUCAGCAUCUGUUUGAGAUCGCAGGGUUUUUGGGGGUGUUGUGGUGUCUCAGCAUCCUGUCCUGUCUGUUUGCUGACUACACUUGGCUGCCUAUGCAGGCCAAUCCCCUCAUCCUCUACGGCUUCAUGCUGCUGUUCCUCAUCAACCCCUUCAAAACCGCCUACUACAAAUCCCGAUUCUGGCUCAUCAAACUGCUGUUCCGCGUGUUCACCGCCCCGUUCCACCGAGUGGAGUUUGCAGAUUUCUGGCUGGCAGAUCAGCUCAAUUCUCUGGUCAUUGUGUUGUCGGAUCUGGAGUAUCUGGUGUGUUACUACAGCAUGGAGCUGCAGUGGGGAGAACGCAAUGGAUUACUGCCCGCCAAAUUUGGUGAUGAAAGGUGUAACAGCUUCUCGUAUGGAGUACGAGCCAUCAUCCACUGUCUGCCUGCCUGGCUGCGCUUCGUUCAGUGUCUGCGACGUUAUCGGGACACCAGGAGAGCCUUCCCUCACCUGGUGAAUGCUGGGAAAUACUCCACCACCUUCUUCGUGGUCACAUUUGCAGCCCUUUACAGAACUCACAAAGAUCAGAACCAUGCUGACUCCGAGGUGUUUUUCUACAUGCUGGUGCUGUCUUCAAUCGUCAGUUCUCUCUACACACUGAUCUGGGACCUGAAGAUGGACUGGGGGCUUUUCGACCGCAACGCAGGCGAGAACACCUUCCUGAGAGAGGAGAUCGUUUACCCACAUAAAGCCUACUACUACUGUGCUAUUAUAGAGGACGUGCUCCUGCGCUUCGCCUGGACUCUGCAGAUCUCUCUGACUUCCAUGACUCGCAUUCCUUCCAUUGAGGACAUCGUGGUCACUAUUUUAGCUCCUCUAGAAGUGUUUAGGCGUUUUGUGUGGAACUUCUUCCGUCUGGAGAACGAGCACCUGAAUAACUGUGGUGAGUUUCGUGCGGUGCGGGACAUCUCUGUGGCUCCUCUAAAUGCUGAUGACCAGACGCUGCUGGAGCAGAUGAUGGACCAGGAGGAUGGAGUCCGCAACAGACAGGGCAAGAAGAGCUGGAAACGCAGCUACAGCCUGUCCUUACGUCGACCUCUGCUGUCCUCUCAGUCCAAGAAGGACACUAAGGUGCUGAUUGAGGAUACGGAUGAUGAGGCCUUCAGCUGAACCCAGAUCUGAUCUCACUGUCCCACCACCAGUCUCUGCUUUCUGUUGGUUCCUCACAGAGCUGCCUCAGCACA